UUCUUUCUUUCAUCCAUGUUCCAUCAGCUUGAGCUACUGUCCGUAUCGAAAAGUGGAGCUACUGCAAUUGAGAAAAGUAGAAGUCGAAGGAUGAAGAUGAAGAAACGUAUGAGAAAAUCAACGAGUUUCCCUUCCAUUAUUCCAAAUUAUAAUUCAUUGUUUGAGGAAAAUGAAGAUGAUCAAGAUGAGCGUUCACAUACUGCUUGGAACCGACUUGCUGCCACUAUGUUUAAAGAGUAUGCUCAUUUGGAGACGCAUGCCAAAGACGCUGAUGAACCUUCAGAUCAUAACUUAUUCCAAAUUGGUGCUGCUACAAGGAUAUUUCUGUAUCAAAAUGCACUCAAGGGUGAAUGGGAAUAUGUGGAAUUACUACUUGACGAGAGCCCAAAUAUUGUUCGUAGUGCAAUAACAAGAAACAGAGAGACUAUUCUUCACAUUGCAGCAGGAGCCAAACAAAUUGAAUUCGUGGUGAAACUAUUGAACAGAAUGAGUGAUGAUGAUAUGAUUUUGCAGAAUGAAUUUGGAAAUACAGCACUUUGUUUUGCUGCUGCAUCAGGAGUUGUAAGAAUUGCUGAAUUAAUGGUCGAAAAGAAUCCAAAUCUUCCACUUAUUCGUGGCUUCAACAAUGCUGUCACUCCACUUUUCAUAGCUGUCUCAUAUAAAUGUACAGAAAUGGUUUCCUAUCUCUUGUCUGUAACUGAUCUUAAUCAACUAGGAAAGCAAGAACAAAUUGAGCUUCUCAUUGCCACCAUACAAAGCGACUUUUAUGAUAUAAGUUUGUGGAUUCUGCAAAGGUAUCCAUAUUUAGCAAUAAUGAGGGACACGAAUGAAGAGACAGCCUUGCAUGUGAUAGCCAGAAAACCAUCUGCCAUGGAUGUCACGAAGCAGCUAAGCAGUUGGACAUUGUUCCUCAACUCAAGGAUCUAUCGUAAACCUGUGACGAAGACACUGGCUCAUGAACUAGUUGUUUUGCUAUUGACCAACGUUCUUCGGAUUUUGCCAGAAAAGAAGAUGCUCCAAUUCAUUAAACAUCCUACAAGAUUACUGAACGAUGCAGCAUGUACAGGAAAUGUUGAGUUCUUAAUUGUCCUCAUUCGUAAGUAUCCAGAUAUAAUAUGGGAAGAUGCUGAUGAUGGUAAAAGUAUUUUUCAUGUAGCCAUCGAAAAUCGACUUGAGAAUGUGUUCAAUCUCAUAAAUGAGAUUGGUAGGCUCAAUGAGUUUACUGCAAAAUAUCGAACGUUUAAGGGGCGAAAUUAUAACAUACUCCAUUUGGCUGGACAUCUCGCUACUCCAAACCAUCUCAAUAGAGUCUCUGGAGCUGCACUUCAAAUGCAACGUGAAAUGCUAUGGUUCAAGGAAGUAGAGAAGAUAGUUUUGCCUUCCCAACUCGAAGCCAAAUCGAAUGUUACGUCUUCCCAACAACUCGAGGCAAAAUUCAAUUAUCCAAAUACCCCAAAGUUGACACCACGCCAAUUAUUCACCCAAGAGCACAAAGAUCUUCGCAAAGAUGGUGAGGAGUGGAUGAAACACACAGCAAACUCAUGCAUGCUCGUCGCAACUUUGAUCUCCACCGUAGUUUUUGCAGCGGCUUUCACAGUUCCAGGAGGGAGUAAUAACAAUGAGGGCACUCCUGUUUUUCAGCAGAAAUUUUGGUUCACCGUGUUUGCAAUGUCAGAUGCAGUUGCUUUGUUUUCAUCCUCAACAUCUAUCCUAAUGUUCAUGUCGAUCCUUACUUCGCGCUACGCAGAAGAUGAUUUUAUGCAUUCAUUGCCAUCAAGAUUGCUCUUUGGACUGGCGACGUUAUUCAUAUCCAUCGUGUGCAUGGUUGUGGCCUUUAGUGCUACCUUUUUUAUUCUCUACCAUAAGGCUAACAUAUGUAUUCCCACCAUAGUGUCUGCCAUGGCGAUUCUUCCAGUUAUUUGUUUUUGUGUCCUUCAGUGUAAACUGUGGGCUGAUAUUUUUCACAACACUUAUUCUUCUAGGUUUCUUUUCAAACCCCGACGAGGUAAAUUGUUUUGACCAUCUUGAAUUCAUGGGGAAUUAGUUUUCUAUUUAGUAUGUGAAUUUGGCUAACAAAUACUAAUGAUUGGGAUUAACGAAGACUUCCUUUAAUAACCAUUUUAUUUUUUAUA